AUGGAUCAUUCGCGCGAUCCUUGUCCCUGGGUCAUUCUCAAUGACUUUGGUGGUGCCUUUGCCAUGGGUGCUGUCGGAGGAGCAGUAUGGCAUGGUGUAAAAGGCUUCCGUAACUCACCCUACGGCGAGCGACGCAUCGGUGCCAUCACAGCGAUCAAAGCCCGCGCACCUGUUCUCGGCGGCAACUUCGGUGUCUGGGGAGGACUUUUCAACACAUACGACUGCGCAGUCAAGGGAAUACGGAAGAAGGAGGACCCGUGGAAUGCUAUCAUCGCAGGAUUCUUUACCGGUGGAUCGCUGGCAGUACGAGGAGGCUACAGGUCGAUGCGAAACGGUGCGAUAUCAUGUGCUAUCUUAUUGGCUGUUAUUGAAGGCGUGUCAAUUGGGUUCAACCGCAUGAUGGCCGACAACACAAGGCUCGAUGCUCCCCCACCACCACCGAGCGAUGUCGGUGCAUCAUCUGGCGGCGGCGGCAUGGCUGUGGCCGCGUAA